AUGACCCUCUUCAACCCGACCUCGAUUCUCGUGGGAUUCCUCCUCCUCUACCUCUCGUCCUUCUUCAUCUUCGCUAUCGUCCGCAUCGCCACAGGAAUCUCCAUUCAACGGAUUGGUUACUUUUCGCUGCGCCGAAUCGCAUAUACCCCGAAGGAAGGAAUACACAUUGAAAUCCGCGGCCUCGGAUUGUUGUUACACCCCCCGUCAUUUGCCCAGCCAACAUGGGUCAGCAUUCGGUUGACAGAACUGAAGGUCACCGUGGACCCGACAACUCUGGGGCAAGGAAAGCGCGAAGCCCACCGCGGUAUAUCGGAGAACCUUGGUCCUCCUAAACCAUCCGAAGACCGUGCUGCGCCCGAAGUUGGCGGAAGAAGCAAAACAUGGAGGACAUUAACACGAAUCAAGGAACGUGUCAAGCUGCUACACCGGCAGAUUAAUUGGUUAGCUCUCGUUGAUCUGACUGCUAUUGGCACAACCGUCCACUUUGUCAACGCCGGCCAGAUCCAGGUUGGAUCACUUUCCCUUUCGGUCGACACGCGGAGUAAGAUGGUGGAACGGGGCAACCUAUUUCGUCGCAAGAAGGACACGUCGCGCGACCAACGCCCAGCCGAGUGGAUGAUGAAUGCCCAGAAUGUUUUACUCAAUGUCGACGGCCGGGAGCCAAUCGAGAUAUUGGAUAAUGUGGGCAUGAACCUUCAUGGACUUCUGCACAAAGAUUUGGACGGACUCAGAGACGCCUCGGUGGCCCUGAAAAUUGGACGAAUGCACAUUCCAUACGAUGAUGUCUAUACGAUAUUACAGCGCAUCAAGCCGGUAAAGAAAUCCGCACAAGGGCCAGCGACUACUGAGACCGAUGAUGAGAUGUCAUUUGCCGAUUUUGUGGACGAACUCGAAAAGCCUGGAAGCAGAGACGAUUCCAUUGUGCAGGCUGUGGCGGACUCAAAAGAGUUUGCAAGCUCAUUGCUUCGUGGUAUACAGGAGAUCCAGGUUGCUCUGAGCUUCUUCCGUGUCUCAAAGGGUAUCCAGUCUCUGUCUGCCGGGCAAAAACCAGAAUAUUUGAAUGUGGUCUCGCAUGAGCUUGGAAUUGAUCUUUAUCGGAUGGACCCAAAGAGCCCAGAGCACCGCAUGUAUUUCCAGCGGACUGACGUUGCCCACCAGGCUCUUCUUGCUGCUAUCUCUCUUUCAGUCAGCUUGGAUGACGAAUCGGGCGAGACUGAUAACGUUAUAUAUGUCCCUAUGGCUACGACCACUAUCAAAACCACACUGCCCUCGAAGACGGUGAGCGCUUUUGACGACGAGAACGCCGAAGAGCGAAAUACAAAUGUCCUGUUCGCAAAUUUGCUCGUCACAUCACCCUCUGUUGAUCUCCAACCGCAACAUGUCUCGAGGCUGCUGAAAUUGGUACAAAGCCGAGCCUCUUCUCCUCGGGCAAAGAAGCAAGAUAACCAUCGAUUGAUUUCUCGAUUACUCCCGAAGGCAAGCAUCAAGCUAUCUAUUCAUGAACCUGUGGUCCGGUUUAUUCUCCCAAUCGAGGAAGAGUCUGACCCUCCCGAUGAUUACAACCUCCUUAUUGCCUCGGUCUCCUCCAUUGCGCUCGAUAUAGAAUCCUCUCAUUCAUCCGAAGGCGGUGCCCACUAUUCCUUAUCGUCAAUUUACCGGGUCGCCUCCCACAAAUUCUAUUACCAGACUCCAGCAGGCAAUAAGCACAAUUUGCUCACAAACGAGAAUCUGGAGCUGAAGGUCCAUCUGAAUGCCACCCCAGAGCUAUGUGUAGUCGCAUCAGGAAGCCUUAACGAGUGUUCAGUUCACAUGAUUGACGCGGAUGUAAACCGUGGAAUCCGCGAAGUCGUGCAGCAAUUUAUCACGCAGAUGAAAUCACAGAAGCGGAUGACGAUACCUGCAAAAGAUCAAAAGGUGAGCGUGCUGAGACGAGUGCCCCCAUGGCUUCUCCAAUUUCAGUUUGAAGCCACAGGGUUUAGCGUGGAAGUCGCUGGUGUGGACAGUAUCGUCUCUGACAUAUCUCGUGGUGUCUCUCUGCAACUACAAUCGUGGACGGCGGAAUACAAAGCUCAGAAAACGGAGAGGAAUGUCGGAAGCAUCGCUAGACGACGCACUCCCAGCCAUUCCACCAUUGGCGAUGAAUCGCCCUUUCGAUUUCCCCCAACCUCGCCUCCUAAGGCUGUUCACAUUCAACGCGGCGCUUCAGAUGGUCGGCGACUGGCUUUCCACGCGCGUGGUUUCGAUGGCUUUGUCAUUGAAUCAGAAGAUUAUCUGGAACCCGAGCCAUUCUUCUCUAUGCCUCGAUUCGAGAUUGCGCUGAGCACACACAGCGAUCGCCUUGGACCGGUCUUUCAUGUCACCUCCAUGUUCAAGGGCAUAUACCUUCAAUACUCACUGUACCGGUUCUACUGCCUUGGUGUUGCCGUUUCUGUGAUCCAAGAUGUGCUCACACCUUUGCCGCAAAAGCACUCGCAGUCUACUGAGAGCACAGUCAGAGCGCCUGCAAGCAUAUCGCUACCGCCGCCUCCAGCAUACAAGUGGUCUUCAAGGAAGGAGCUGGUCACCUACGACAUAAAGGCAACGGUUGUGCAACUCAAGGCGAACUUGCCGAACGACCCUCAACUAAUGAUUCAGAUAUACGGAAUUGCUGGUGCUUCUCAACGUCUUUCCACCCCUUAUGUUAAAGCCAGUCUUGUUCGCUUCCAUGCAGAGGCACCUAAGCUCAAGGGUGUUUGGGCAAGAAUCGGCAGUAUGAACAAUGUCAGGCUGGAUUUCCGAAAAAUGAAGAUGAAACAUGGAAACACCUUGGUUGAAGAAAAAUCGAUUGAUAUCUGGACAGACUUCAUCCGAAUUGGUGUACCUCAUCAUAUGGUGAUGCACUGCAUUUUUGAUAACCUUAUCAACACUUCCAAGGCUUUCCAACAGCUGCAUCAUCGCUUCGUGGAGGGCUGCAAAGAAUUUUGCUCUAAGAGAGAACCAGAGGGCCCGAAGAAGGUGCCCAGGAUAUCUCUUCGCAGUAAAGCGUUGCUCUUUGAGUUGGAGGAUGAUGGUUUUGAGUGGAAACUGGGCUGCAUCUAUCGAGUUGGCCUGGUUGAACAGACCCAGCGAUUGGCCCGGGAAGACGCCUUUCAUCUGAAAUCUCACAAAAUCAAGGAAUCUGACCAGCGGCCCGCCACAUCCCGAUCGCAAGCCAAAUCGAGCCAUCGGAGGAUGCGUAGUGAGCGAACUAGCCAAGAAACAAGGCGAAGCAGGAGUGCUGAUGAGCGGCCGAGAUCUAGCUCCCAGGAGCGUGGCAGAGGUCGGAAAUACCGGUAUGAUACCGAGGGCGCGACCUGUCUCUCAUCAGAGCAAAAAAUCUCUGUGGAUACUGCUUGGGGCCGACUUCAACAGUACAAUGCUCAAGUCUGGAAAGAGAAGAUCGAUGCAGCUCUCAUGUUUCAGGGCACGUCUAUCAAAGAAGUUCGAAAUCUCUUCUCUGGUGCAGAUGAACCUCCUCCGGAUGUGAAGGAGACCGAAACCAUUCUUGCUAUUCCGAACAGACCAGGCCUGCUGUCGGCUUUGAUUAGUGAUGUCAAUCUUGUCAUCGACAAGCCCUCAUUCGCUAUCAACGAGUUCCCCAGUUACUUGAACCGGAUCGGAAAGGGAAUGCCCAUGUCUAUGCAAUACGGUCUGCUUGUCCCAAUGAGCUUUAACCUGGAAAUGGGUGAAGCACGCGUCAACUUGCGGGACUACCCUCUAGAUCUGUUGCACGUGCCAGGCCUGCGCCCAGGGCAGUCUCCAAGACUUCCCAGUUGGUCUUUGCGGACAAACUUCGUCAUUGCAGAAGAAUGGCGUGACCAUGAAUCCGCAAGACAGGUCCCAGUGGAACUCGUUCCUGCAUCUGAAGGUUCCGACGGGUCUUCCCGCGAUGCGUUUGAAAUUUACGUAUGGCGUUCUGUUACACCAGUUAAGACCUACUCAGACCCUGUCGUCGAGAUCAACACAAGUCUACCGACUAGCAUUUCAUGGGGUGUCUCCUAUCAGCCUGUCAUUCAAGAUAUGAUGAAGAUCAUUGAGGGUUUCACCAAGUCUGAAAUUGAUCCCUCGGAGCCGGUGGGCUUCUGGGACAAGAUCCGACUCAGCUUUCACUCCCGGAUCAAGGUUCUCUGGAAGGAAGAUGGUGAUGUACAUCUGCGACUUAAGGGUUCUCGUGAUCCAUAUGUGGUGACCGGCUUUGGAAGCGGUUUUGUCAUGUGCUGGCGUAGAGAUGUCCAAUUGGAUGUUCACACCAGUGACAAUCCUAUGGAAUUUAUCACUGUUACCAGUGGCGAGUACGUGCUUGCUAUUCCCGACUACAGCGCCGAAGCACGUUGGGCAAACGAGGCGACCACAGAGGAACUGGACAACAGUUCUGCAUCCAGCGAGCAGAAGAACGCUGCCCACUUCAAGAAGGUUAUCAUGAAGCUCUCUGGCGAUGUCAAAUGGUCAGCAGGUCUCGUCUUCGAGCGGGAUGUUGAGAAUGAUGCAAGAUCAUUUUCCUCCAAACCCCAUUAUGAGGUCGUUCUUAAGAACCCCGAAUUCGUCGAACCAUUACAACGUUCUCAUUAUGAUGCUUAUCGUGGCUUCCGGAGUGAUCACAUCCAUCUUUCUGUCUCGAUUAUUGCACCGCAUAAUAGAGAUUGGGCUUCGGACAAUGUUCAACCAUCUUCGAGCUACAACACUAUUCAUCUCUCACCGCGAUUCUUCACCCACUUCUUCAAUUGGUGGUCUCUUUUCUCGGGCGUGAUGUCGCUUCCUGUCCGUCAAGGACCGCUCUGGCCAGGAGUCACAAAAGCGAGCAAGAAGUUCAAUCGUCACUUGGCAACUGUCAAAUACCAGAUUCUUCUCGCACCCCUGUUUGUGGCCCACAUAUACAAACACAAGGACCGCGAAGAUUACGCAGAGAGAUUUGUUACGGCCACGGGUCUGAAGGUUCGUCUUGACUGCUUGAAACUUGAUAUUCAUCAACGUCGCGAGCAGAUCCAAAUACAUGCCGGGGGCCGUUCGAAACAGACUGCGACAAGUGCAAUGCGUAUGAACCAGGCCGAAAUUGAUAUGCAAUCUGCAGACUUCCGCGCCGUGUCCGCUAGCAUCGAGGGAACCACGCCGGAAGAUGUUGAGCGCAACAAAGACGACAUAAUUUCUUCCUUCCAGCAGCCUGUUCCGUCAGUUGACUUGUCUCGGUUUACUAUCCCUGAUCACAACCUGGACUGGGUUGACAUGGAUGAUUUCGUGGAGCCGGACUGGAUCCUUCCACAGGAGUCGAACCCUCGUACCCAGAUUUUGCCUUUGGCCUUUACCCCGCGCUUCACCUACAUCCGCAACACAGAUCAUGGCGAUGUUGGGCCGGAUGAGACGGGCUAUAGUACGUUUGGAAACGAACCGACUCACGAGUGCGUCAUGUCCGAAACCAAUGAUCCUCGUCGUGUUCAGAUUGAGUUGGUCAAAGACCGUCUUGCAAUCGUCGAGGCCCAAGUCCGCAACUAUGAACGCACAAUUGGGGAAAUGGAACUCAAGCUCAUGAAAGACGUGGACAACAAUGCAGACCUGAAAGCUGAGCAUGAGUUAUUCCUUCGCCAGUCAGAGUCUCUGGCGAGACGACGCAAAUUCUUGACCACAACCCUCAAUCGUCUUGAGAGAAACACCACACGCGACGAGCGGACGCCAUAUGGCGACACACUUGGCAAACACGUUGCACCCAGCACUGCUUCUUUCCGAACAGGACGAACUGGUCAGUAUGCUGAAUCCACAAUUGAUGGCCGUUCUUUAGGCCUGGAUGGACUUUACUCGUCGGGCAACGAUGAGUUCUCCAGUGAUUUCGACAACCGUUUCAUGAUCCACAAUGUGCAGCUCAAAUGGAACAAUUCGCUUCGCAACAUCAUCUUGCGGUACAGCCACCAAGUGAGCCAGCGACGUGGAUUUAUUUACUACAUGUCUCGCCGAGCUGUCAAAUUCAUCCUUGAUAUUGUCGAGGAACAGGACAAGAACGAGCGCAAGCAGCCUAAAAUGCCCAAGACGCAAACUCGAAGCUCGAACAACGAUGAGGAUGAGGAGGAAGAAGAGGAGGAGGAGGUUGGACAACGCAUUGAACAGUUGCUGAAUGAUGCUAAGCGCUACGUGAAUGUCGAAGAGGACGAGCCAUCGGAAAUCAAACCUCAAUCGGAAUCGAACCCCCAAUCGUCUUCGAAUUCGGACAAUUCGAGUGAGAACAUCGUGCCAGAAUUCACCCCCCAGAACAGUUAUCACUUGCGCCUCAUUGCGCCCCAAAUCCAGCUUCUCAGUGAAAAGAACAAGAAGUCAGUCUUGCUUGUUGCCGCUAAAGGUAUGGAGCUCAAGGUUGUGUCAAUCAUGGACAAAGCGCGUGUUUCGGACGAUGUCAGUGGAUUGGUACAGCGCCGUUUCUCCCUCGAAAUGGACGGUGCCCAGUUCUUCGUUGCAACACAGAAGAAACUGAUGGCAAACUUGCAAUUCUAUGCCGGAAAUAAGUACGGAAAUGCGCCCGGAUCAGCGUGGCCUCCGUGGUUGACUUUAGAAGCUAUGUUCGAUUUUGAGAUGAAUCCGUUUGGAUUCUCUCGUAUUGUGCAAAAGACUUCUGCCACCUUGCGGUACGACAAGUUCAAUAACCUCCGCCUUAAGUAUAACGAAGAGGUUGUAAAGGGUCAGCAAGGGCCUCAUCCUGAUGAACAAGAAGACCGCAUAGACUCGAUCAGUGUGGACUUCCCUCAUUUCCGCGCGAUUUGUGAUUCUGCAGAGUAUUAUUCCAUGUACAUCAUUGUCCUGGAUCUCAUGCUCUACAGCGAACCACUCGAGAAAGUCCGAAAUGAGCGCCUGGAGAGGAUCAUGCUCACUUCCGACUUCAGUGACCUUCGCGGCGCUCCGGAAAUGGUGUUCAAGCUCCAAGCACGCAUUCGCCAGUUGGAGGAAAUCAAAGAGUACUUCCAGAUCAAUGCUAAGUUCCUGGAUAAACAGGGCUGGGAGGAUCGGCUGGCUCUUGAACGCGACUUGUCUCAAUGUGAGGAUGAGCUUUUCUUCAUGAUGAAGGCAAUCACAACUUCCCAACGGCGAAUGGAACCAAGUUCAUCCAGGGCAUCUGGUGUCCAUGGCUUACUACGUUGGAGCAUAUCGGCGAGUGAGGUCGUCUGGCACCUGAUGAAGGAGACUUCUGAGCCCCUAAUUGAGUUCCAGCUGCGCAACGCUUCAUACGAACGGACAGAUAAUACCGAUGGCUCAAACCACAAUCUGGUAUCUGUAGAGCGAUUAUUCGGGUUGAACUUACUUCCAGACGCUAUUUACCCCCAAAUCAUCGCACCUUACCUCGACGGUGCACGCACCCUGGAUGACUUCAUGUUGCGCGUCAAAUGGCACAUGUUGGAGGCCGUUGCCGGUAUCCCCGUGCUUGAUAACUUCGAAGUUUCAAUGUUCCCUCUUAAAGUUCAGCUCGAACGCGAACUAGGCCAGAAAGUCUUCGAAUAUAUUUUCCCCAACGUGGGCUCCAGCGCCUUCGAGGCUGGUGGUUUCUCGCCUUCCAUGAUCAAGAACGUGCAGACGCUUCAGGGCUCGGAUGAGGAAGACGAUUACGAAGGCUUAAACGGUUCGCCAAGGACACGCUCAACGAGCAUCGAUGGCGAUAGCUCGUCCGUGGACAGUGUCGCCAUCCCCAAGGGACCGGGCUCCAUCGAACUGCGGCUCCAGCCUACACUCUCGCUUUCAGAUGAGACUAAGUCGCGUCAUCGCGGUGGCCAUCUGAAGGGUCUUGUGAUGACACCUAUCCAUCAGGACAGCAACAGACUAGGUGUAUCAGAGACUGCGCUCAAAACGGGUCGCCCAGCUACGACUGGUGGUCUCAGCAAAAUGAAGUCCGUUGAUAGUCUGCGUAUGUUGACCAAACAGCCCACCGAAAGAUCCCUAUCUAGCCACAGUGCCAGCGAAGACAGUCGCAAGAAGUUCGGAAUGAGUAAAGCGUCCAACAAGGGCGGCAAAUCCAAAGAGCCAACCGACGACCUGUCCCAAAUGAUCUCUCGCGCCUCCAACUUCAUGACCCUUGCACGUGUCAAGGUGAAUGAUGUGGUUCUCUGCGUGAGCUACAAGGGCAAAGGAGAACACAACUUGGAGGAUAUCCAUGAUUUCGUUUUCCGCCUACCAGUUCUUGAGUACAGCAACAAGACAUGGUCGAACCUGGAUCUUGCCCUCCGACUCAAGAAGGACGUGAUUAAAGCCCUAAUCUCGCACGCGCCUGCUAUACUUGGCAACAAGUUCUCCCAUCACCGACCCUCGAGACAGCAGAAGAAGCGUUUCCGUGAGCUUGCAAGCUCGUCUCAAAUCCUGCCAAGUACAUCCAACAUGACCAACCCGAGCAGUAGCCAAGCCCAGAGCCUGGCCAGCUACGACUCUAACAGUGAUUACUCGGAAUCACCCUCACGCAAAUCUAUACAAUCGAAUGCCUCGCCAUUGGCUAGGACCACCUCGUUGAAUUCAGACCACGGCACACAUUGCUCAGAUCCUACCAUUCAUGAUGCACGGUCCGCCAGUGAGGUGGAUGUGGAUUCUCGCUGGGAGGCAUCACGUCGAUUCGUCAAUGCCCCUCCAGCUGAAAGGCCGCGGACCUCUGGUAACAUCAUGACUACGAUUCGAUCCGACAAGAACGAUCAGGAUGACAGGUAUGGAACCCAUUCCCGAGUCACUUCUCACCACGGCAAAGAAACCGACUGA